AUGGCUCUCAAAAAGAAGGAACAUAGCAAUGAUAUUAGAACUCUGGUAAUAAAACAUUAUCAGAACGGUGACUCGCAACGUGAUAUACUAUCCAAAGCAUUACUUCCUCGAUCUACAGUGGAAUAUAUAAUCAAAAAGUACAAAAUGACAAAAUGCAUAGGGAAUCUAUUGGGACGUGGUCGAAAACGGAAAACAACAGCAACAACAGAUCGACUGAUCCAACGUAAACUCAAGCUUAACCGGCGAAAAUCAGCGUCGGCAGUGAAGAUUGAAAUUGAAAAGGAGCUGGGGAUUUCACUUCAUACUCAUACUAUUCGUAAAAGAGCACAUGAAUGCGGAUUAUUUGGUUGGGUAGCUCGUAAGAAGCCAUACGUCACCAAGGGUAGUUGA